GGUUUGGGAAAAGGCAGGUGUUCUUUCUGGACGCUGGGACUCCAUUGGAGUUAUAUUGGGUCUCAGUCCUAAUAAAUUAGAUGGCAUUGAAGCAGCGGGUAAACCACCAGAAACAUGUCUCAGAAAAGUUUUUGAGUGUUGGUUAAGAAAGGACUAUGAUUAUCAAAAUCGUGGUGUUCCUACAUUACAAAGGCUCUGCAAUUGCAUUAGAAGUGAGAGUGGAGGAGCAAACCCUGCCUUAGCUGAUGAAAUAGCAAAGAAAUAUCCUAUAAGUAGCGAGAAGCAACCUUUGUCACCGGUGGACACUAACCCAUCUUCUAGAGAAGUUACCCCAACUAGAGAACUACAGGCACCUCUUACUUCACCUGAUACUAAAGCUACAUAUGCUAGUGGAAAAUCAAAAGAGUUUCCUGUUAAUGACGUAUUGAAGCAGAUUGAUGAGCUACAAAAGUUAUAUGCUUCUAACAUGUAUAAAACCAAAGAAGCAUUUAUCUCCCUUGAAAGAAAUACCCUUCCUAAAGUAAUCGAUUAUAUUCAGUGUCACAUCAUCAAUCUACUGAAUCCACGUUUUCGUAAGCAGCAGUUUAUUGAUAAAUUACGAGAAGAGUACGACAAAGUUAAAUCAAUGAAUCAGUUAUUCAGAGUACUAGAGAAGCAUGUCUCCUGGUUUAACUUUGAUUUCAUUGUCCUAUUGGCCCAAGUUUUCAUAGCAGAUAGAGAAGUGCAGCGAAUUUGGUCAACUUAUUCUGAUUUACUGAAAGAUUAUUUUAAAAAUAACAAUAAUCAAGCAGUUAAAGUCGUUAAUGGUGUUGAGUUUGGUGUAUUAGAUGCUCCUGGUACUCAAGUCAUGAUAGCAAAAGUUGCCAAUGAUGAUUACACUUUAAAUGAUUUAUACUUCUUUCAUAAAGCAAUUGCUGAGGCACUUAAAGUUUCAGAAUACAAAUUUUAUUUUUGUGAAAUUGAUGAGGGUUGCAUGGAGUUAAAAUACUCCAUUCCUGUUUUUUUAUAUUCAAUUCUUUUUCCACCUACCAAUCAACAGUGUCAUUCAUUGGCUGAGAUUGGUAUUAUUAAAUUGAGCUGUAAUGAACAUGUACAAGAAAUGAAACAGUUACCAGAGAAUGAGUUAAAGAAGCUCUCUCACUUUGCUAUUGAUAUUAAUGAUCCUUUAUGGUAUGAGAAUACCAGCACUCCACUCAUUGAAGCAUGUUGGAGAGGAUUAAAAGAUGAAGUACAAUGGUUAAUGGAUGAAUCUGGCUCUCAAGAAAGAGGUACAAAUGGAUGGAAUUCACCAUUAGCUGCUUCAUAUGGUGGCCAUUUUGAUGUUCUCAAGCUCCUCAUUGAUGUUUAUCAUUGCGAUCCUUCACAAGGUGAUGAUGAUGGUGUUAUUAGUUUACACAUGGCCUCAUAUAAAGGCCAUCUCAAUAUUGCACAGUAUCUAGUUAAUGAAUGUCACGUUGAUCCAGACAUAGCAGAUAGCUCUGGUAACACGGGAUUGCUUUACUCAGCACUGGGUGGUCACGUUGACCUCGUGAUUAUGUUUUUAAAGAAGAAGUGUAACGUGUCUCAGGUCAAUAGAGAAGGAUCUACUUUAUCAUUAUUAGCAUGUAAGAGUGGACAGGUAGCAUUAGUUAAUCAGCUUAAGCAGUUUGGUAUUUUCUCAGAAGAUGACAUAGAUUUUAAUGGAUGUGGAAUAAUACAUUAUUGUGCUAUGAGUGAUAGUGUAGAGCUUCUAGUGUAUCUUUAUAAUAAUCAUAAAAGUGAAUUAUUUAAAAAAAGAGAUUGUUUUGGUGCAACUCCACUUCAUAUAGCAUGCCAGUAUGCUUCAUCAGGUUUCAUUAUGAAAAUGGUUAAUAUUUUUGGAUAUAAAGUAUUACUAGAAGCUGAUUAUAGUGAUCGUUCUUCUCUUCAUUACUUAUGCAGUGGAUUGGUUGAUAAAUACUGCAUUACAGAAGUGUUGAAUGCCAGUCAACCAGACUACAAAGGUGUAGUACCAUUAGCAUUAGCUUGUAUGUCAGGUAGUAUCAUUGCAGUAGAAUAUAUUAUGAAUACUACUGACAUUGAUAUUAAUAUAACCUGUAAUGAGGGUAAAACACCUCUUCAUUAUUCAUGUAGCCAUGGUAACCUUGAGUUGAGUCAAUAUCUAUGUGAAGUACAAGGCAGUGGGAUUAAUUUAGAUGAAGAUGGUUGCAGCAUUCGAAGUGGUAAUAUGCAGCUGGUCCAAUACCUCAUUGAGAAUCAUCACUUGCUUCUCACACCAGAGUCUUUAAUAAAAGCUAUCAAUAGUACAAAGCUGCCUUUAGUUAAAUUAUUAAUUAAUAAAUACAAGCUAGAUCCUCAUGUUCAAAAUGAGGAUGGUACACCUGCAGUUCAUUAUGCAGCUAAUGUUGGUGUUAUUGAUGUCUUGGAGUAUUUAGUCAAUGAUUGCAGCUGUGAUUUGGAUGAAAGCGAUGGGGACAAUGAGAAUAUAUUCCAUACAGCUGCAGCUGCUGGUCACUAUCCAUUUAUUAAAUAUAUUAUUGAUAAUUAUCCACAAUUUUCUAGUUUAUUACAUUCUACUCAUGAUGGUAAUACAACACCAGUUCAUUAUGCCUGUGCUAGUGGUGUUGUAGAACUAGUGACAUAUCUAAUUGAUGAAAUGAAAUGUGAUGACAGGGCUGAGGAUGUAGCUGGCCUUAAUUGUGUCUCAUAUGCCUGUAUUUCUG